UCGCAUUGUUCGCCCUACGGAGAAGAUAGUUAACCUCUUUUGUCUCCUCCCGGCUCCUGUAGUUGUGUUGGCAGCUCGGGUGUUUUGGCUGUGUAUUUGGUGUCAGGUCUAAAAACCUGCUGUAAGCCGUGGCAUCAUGUCUGACAAGAGCGAGCUGAAAGCAGAGCUUGAAAGGAAGAAGCAACGCUUGGCACAAAUCAGAGAGGAGAAGAAAAGGAAGGAGGAGGAGCGCAAGAAAAAAGAGGCGGACCAGUUGAAAGAUGCUGCAGCUCACCAGGACGACACUGACCUGGAGAAGAAAAGGCGUGAAACUGAGGCCUUGCUUCAGAGUAUGGGCAUAACCUCAGAUGUUGCUGUUGUCCCUCCUCCCAUGUCUCCAACGGCCAAAUCGGCAGGUACGCCAAGCGAGGCAGGGAGCCAGGACUCUGAUGGAGCCGUGGGACCCAGGACUCUGCACUGGGACUCUGACCCGUCCACACUUCAACUUCACUCUGAUUCUGAGCUGGGGCGAGCAACUCCAAAACUUGGAAUGGCCAAAGUCACACAAGUGGACUUCCCUCCUCGUGAAACUGUGUCCUACACAAAAGAGACCCAGACACCUGUCCUGACCCAGCAGAAAGAAGAAGAAGAAGAGGAGGAAGAAAUUGCUCCUCUUGAACCAGUCGUUCUGACUCCGACUGAGAAACCGGACCAGAAAGAGGAGGAGGAAGCGCCCCCUCACGAGCUAACAGAGGAGGAGAAACUCCAGAUCCUGCACUCAGAGGAGUUUGUGAAUUUCUUCGACCACAGCACUCGUAUAAUUGAGCGGGCUCUAUCAGAGCAUGUGGACCUCUUCUUUGACUACAGUGGCCGUGACCUGGAGGAGAAGGAGGGUGAAAUCCAAGCAGGAGCAAAGCUCUCUCUCAACAGGCAAUUCAUGGAUGAGCGCUGGUCCAAACAUCGUGUCGUCACCUGUCUCGACUGGUCCCCCCAGUAUCCUGAACUCCUGGUUGCCUCAUACAACAACAACGAGGAUGCUCCUCACGAGCCAGAUGGCGUGGCAUUAGUGUGGAACAUGAAGUACAAGAAGGCAACACCGGAGUACGUCUUCCAUUGUCAGUCCGCUGUUAUGUCGGCUGCGUUUGCCAAGUUCCAUCCUAACGUUGUGGUGGGGGGCACAUAUUCGGGCCAGAUUGUCCUGUGGGACAACAGAAGCAAUAAGAGGACCCCUGUGCAGAGGACUCCCCUGUCUGCAGCAGCACAUACGCACCCGAUUUACUGUGUGAACGUGGUUGGCACCCAGAAUGCCCACAACCUGAUUAGCAUCUCCACUGAUGGAAAGAUGUGCUCCUGGAGUCUGGACAUGCUUUCACAGCCACAGGACAGCAUGGAGCUGGUGUUCAAGCAGUCCAAACCCGUAGCUGUCACCUCCAUGUCCUUUCCUCUCGGAGAUGUCAACAAUUUCGUGGUGGGCAGUGAGGACGGCUCCGUCUACAUGUCGUGUCGUCAUGGAAGCAAAGCGGGCAUCAGUGAGAUGUUUGAGGGCCACCAUGGGCCCAUCACAGGGAUCCACUGCCACACAGCCCCCGGGCCCCUGGACUUCUCCCACCUGUUCGUCACCUCCUCUUUCGACUGGACUGUCAAGCUGUGGAGCACCAAGAACAACAAGCCCCUGUACUCAUUUGAAGAUAACUCGGAUUACGUGUAUGACGUCAUGUGGUCACCGACUCACCCUGCUCUGUUUGCUUGUGUGGACGGCGUUGGACAUCUGGACCUGUGGAACCUCAACAAUGAUACCGAGGUCCCCACUGCCAGCGUCACAGUGGAGGGUAACCCAGCACUCAACAGGGUCCGAUGGGCUCAUACUGGCAGAGAAGUCGCUGUGGGAGAUUCUGAUGGACAAGUUCUUGUGUAUGAGGUUGGAGAGCAAAUUUCAGUGCCACGAAGCGACGAGUGGACCCGUUUUGUCCGCACACUGGCGGAGAUCAACGAGAACCGGGACGAUGCAGAAGAGCUGGCAGCUCAGCGCCUGGCCGCCUGAUAUGAUCGCCAUGGACACAACGCUUAAGGGACCAGCGGUGCACCUGUUAAUACUAACCCCUUUUUGAUUGAAGCGGAACUUGGGGGUUAUGAUCAGAAAGAGUUAUUGACAUGUUUUGAUUUCCUGUACUUUAAUUGGACAACUUUACCAUGUCAGUUAGCUGGACUGUCACCAGUCUUCCUUGGAAUAACACAGGCCACAUGGCAAUCAGACCUCAGACACUAACACAAAGCCAUGGUCAUGAACACACAACACAAGUCGUCCUCUCUCCAACCAGAUGCCUUAAUGUUUCAUUUUAACCUUGACUGUAAAGAUCCUUACCUGUCUUAAUUCACAGCAUGUUAACAUGAGCCUUAAUUUUGAGUUUAGAUUUCAAAGCCAAAUACUGUACGUGCUCAAAUAUUCACCAGAGACACUUAGAUGUUUUCCAUCUCCACCAAAGUUGAACAGGAGCAAUCGCAUCUUUACACAUCCGAGAAUGUAAACAUCUCACAGCUGUAGCUCAUGUCGUCAUCCCUCUUCCUUUAAUUUCCCAUGUUUGUAUAAAACUGCAAUGUCCAAAAUCCAAUUGUAUUUCUACUUCUAUACGUUAUAUAGUGCACCAGUUUCCGCCUGAUUAGUGCAGCUGGUUAGACUAGAGAUAGUUGGGAUAUCCUCGAUGCUGUAACCGCUCGGUGAGUUCAGGAUUUGUAGUGGAUGUUGACAGGAUCUGAACAGAGGUGGUUUGUUUCCUAAAGAAUCUCAAAGCUUGGUGUCAAAAGGGAUAAUGUACUUUUCACAUGGUAGAAAAACAAACAAACAGUUUCAAUGAUUUAUUUCAAUAAAAUACAAUAAAUACAUUUAAAUUA